GUCUGAAUGAAUACUCCCUGUACGUGAAUUUUGUGCAAUAUUUUUUUAGUCUUUUUCACCUUCUUUUGUAUUUCGUGUCACUGUACGUAUAUUCGAACAAAACAGCUGCUUAUUAUCACAUAUCAUCACGGACAGGUUCUGUUAAUCGUGAAUGGUUACUGUGGUAAAUCUGUCAUCCUGUGUCUUGCUAAGUUUAAGAAUCCAGUGUUUCAACAUGCAUGUAUUGCUACUUAAAGAGCCAAGAGAUGGCGAGUCUGGGUCUGAUCCCUAUAUUAAGGAGCUGGCUUCACACGGACAUAAAGCAACGCUAGUUCCAGUGCUGUCCUUUAAGUUUGUGUCAUUAAACAGUUUGUCAGCUAAGCUUUUCCAACCUGAGAAAUAUGGUGGUCUUAUAUUCACCAGUCCAAGAGCAGUGGAGGCUGUGAAGCUGUGUUUAGAUGCAGAGGAAAGAAGGGAAGAAUGGAACAAAGCAGUGAAAGACAAGUGGAACACCAAGUCCAUCUAUGUGGUUGGAAAGGCCACUGCUUCAUUAGUACAUAAUCUAGGUCUGAACCCUUUGGGAGCAGACACAGGGACAGCGGAGGUCUUAUCACGGCUUAUUAUUGAACGAGAGGCCACAAAUAUCCCACCACUUUUUUUCCCCUGUGGCUCAAUCAAAAGAGAAGUCUUGCCCACGGCUUUAAGGGAAAAUGGAGUGCCCCUAGAGACGCUAACUGUCUAUCAAACAGCAGAACAUCCUGAUCUGGAGAAAAAUCUAACGAAUUAUUUCACAGAGCAGGGCAUUCCGGCAAGCAUAGCUUUCUUCAGUCCAUCAGGAGUGAAGUUUUGCCUCGAAGUGGUGCGGAGGCUGUCGGGUGAACAGCUGACUCAGAUAAGGUUUGCAGCCAUAGGGCCUACUACACAAGAUGCGAUGGCAGCAGACGGCCUUUGUGUCAGCUGCACUGCGGAAAAGCCAACAGCUGAACACCUGGCAACAGCAAUAGCCAAAGCUCUGGAGUGACCGGCUUUUAAAUCCACUCGCUUCAUCUUCUCUCUUUGUCUUUAUUUUAUAUGUAAAUAUGGACUGUGAUUUGUUUUUUCAAUGCUUUAAUGCUCGUCUUUAUCGUUGUCAGACACACGCUUCAGCUGUUUUUGCACUGAGAGAAAAAAGUUACUUUUUGUGCCAUGAGCGCCGGGAAGGUCUGAGAGAUAAAAUUAUAUUUCUGUUUAUAUUAUGUGAGAAAAUGAAU